AUGGUGGGCAAGGUAGAAGAUAAAUUUAUUGGCCUCACACUGGCGAUACUAUCCGCGACAGUAAUUGGUUCAAGCUAUGUCGUCACUAAGAAGGGUCUUAUACAAGCAGCCGAGAAAUAUGGCUUCACUGGAGAUGGAUUUGAAUACAUACGAAGUCCGGUGUGGUGGUGUGGAACAACCAUGCUGGUGACCGGAGAAUUGAUGAAUACCGCGGCCUAUGCAUUCGCUCCCGCCGUGCUGGUAACGCCGCUUGGGGCGUUGAGUGUGCUCAUUGGUGCCUUGAUGGGCUCAUAUUUCCUCACAGAAGAGAUCAAUGUUCUUGGAAAACUCGGAUGUGCUGCCUGCCUUCUAGGCUCAGUGUUGUUGGUGCUCCAUGCGCCCGGCGACAAGGAAAUCGAGACUGUUGAUGAGAUCUUGCAUCUGGCAAUUCAACCAUUCUUUCUUCUCUACUGUGCUUGCGUUGCUGUAAUUUCCAUCUACAUCAUCUGGAAAAUCGCGCCGGUACAGGGGCGAACAAACCCGUUGGUUUAUAUCUCGAUUUGCUCUUCGGUCGGAUCCAUAUCCGUUAUGUCAGUCAAAGCGUUUGGAAUUGCAGUCAAGCUCACCGCGGGCGGCGACAAUCAGUUUACCCAUGCCUCCACUUAUGUCUUCGCGUUAGUCUUGGUAGUGACUACUCUGACCCAGAUGAACUACUUGAAUAAGGCAAUGGGCCAAUUCCCUGCAUCGCUAGUAAAUGCGAUGUACUAUGUUGGUUUUACAACAUGUACCCUCUCCGCCUCCAUUAUCUUUUACCAAGGACUAAACACUAGCAACUGGACGAGUAUCAUCUCAAUGAUAUGUGGUUUUCUACUCAAUUUCACGGGUAUCUCUCUUUUGACACUGUCUAAAGCUGCGUCUUCCAGUGAAAAGCGUACAGACUCAGUGCGAGGGAUCAACACGCGGUCACUGGAAUCCUCCCACGGACGAUACUCGCACGUACGAACGAGCAGUGUGGAACUCGAAUAA